UCUUAGAUUGUAUUCUGAUUCACCUUCAUUAAGCUCCCAAACGUGUUACUGAUAUGUUGUAGUGUUUAAAUAUAAACAAAUACUAAACUAUUUAAAAUGCAAGUCAUAGGAAAGCUUUUACUUUUAUUAUUUUUGGUUACAGGGACAAUAAGUGAACAGCAAAAUGGCGUAGAACCCGGAAAUAUCUCACCAGAAGUGAGCAGAUCCUUCCUAAAUUAUAAUCACCCUCCUCUGUUUGCUUUGGAUGCCACUGAUCCAGAAGAAAUAGAAGUCAGAAAAGUACGUGAUACUACAGAAAAUUCUGAUAACCCUAUAACAAAUAACCCAUUACAAUCCGAAAAAGAUAGGGGCAGUAACAUAAAAAGUAGGACUUAUGUGGAAAGCUCACUUCCUGAAAAAAUACCUGUAGCGGUAAUAUAUGACGAACAACCUACACCGCGUGACAACAGUAAAUCAAAUAGCACUGUUGUAAAACUAAAGAGACGUAAACAACCCAAAAAUGCACGGCCUUCAAAUAGUGAAAACAAGCCUCAAGUAAUCACUGAAGAAAAGAAAGUUAUACCUGAAAUUACUGAAGUGGUAACAGAAAAAAAUCCAAGUACAUCACCAUCUCCAAGAACUGUUGUGCCAAAAACAUUUACUAAAAGACCACCUGAAUACAACCCUGUUUUCAAAAAGAGUGGACAACGUGAUCCUGCGGUUAAAAUAAUAGAAGAGACAAAUUUUGUUUUCUCACACAGCGGAAACUUUCACUACAGUUUUGAAGGUGGAGAUGGUACAAAAGUGUCGAGUCAAGGCGAACUGAAAUCUUUUGACAACAAUAAAACCGGUGAAGCAGUUGUUGGUAGUGUCUUCUAUAAAGAUGACGAGGGAAAUGACGUCAAUCUGUCUUACACUGCAGAUGAAAACGGAUAUAGGCCUCACGGCGCUCAUCUCCCAACUCCUCCCCCGAUUCCGCCGGCAAUAGCUCGAGCUCUCGAAUACCUUGCCACGGCCACAACACCGGAGCCUGUUACAAAGCCCACUAGAAAGGACUAGUAGAAUUAAAAAAAAUCAACUGUCAAUAAAUCGAUAGUAUUCACACCCUACGCCACUCAUAAACUCUAUCGGCCAUCGUUUUUAGUUUUAUUUCUAUCAAAUUUCUAUGUAUAUCAUCAAUAGUUGUCUACUAGUGAUAAUGUAGAUAUAUUUUAUUCAUUACUAUUGACAAUAGCUUUCUGCUAUUUGUUUUAGAUAAUUACUAUGGUACCUAGAUCUGAAGUCUUAAGUUAGAUAGC